UUGUUUCAUUUCAGAUAUGAAUGAAUGUCUCAACUCAUCUUUGGUUUGUGGACCAAACACAUAUUGUCUCAAUUCCAAUGGAAGCUUCUCGUGCUCGUGUUGGAGUGGAUUUAAUGUCACAAAGAUGAAUGAAUCUGUCAGUAACAGUAACCCAUGUACCGAUAUUAAUGAAUGUCUCAACUCAUCUUUGGUUUGUGGACCAAACGCAUAUUGUCACAAUUCCAAUGGAAGUUACUGGUGCUCUUGUUGGAGUGGAUAUAAUGCAACAGUCCCGAAUCUCACCAUCAGCAUCAAUAACACAUGCACAGAUAUUAAUGAAUGUCUCAACUCAUCUUUGGUUUGUGGACCAAACACAUAUUGUCACAAUUCCAAUGGAAGCUUCUCGUGCUCGUGUUGGAGUGGAUAUAAUGUCACAAAGAUGAAUGAAUCUGUCAGUAGCAGUAACCCAUGUACUGAUGUGAAUGAAUGUCAGGGGAAUCCAUCUGUUUGUGGUCCAAAUUCCAACUGCACAAAUGUAAAUGGAGGUUACAAUUGUUCAUGUUGGGAUGGAUUUACUGCAACAGUCCCGAAUCUCACCAUCAGCAUCAAUAACACAUGCACAGAUAUUAAUGAAUGUCUCAACUCAUCUUUGGUUUGUGGACCAAACGCAUAUUGUCACAAUUCCAAUGGAAGUUACUGGUGCUCUUGUUGGAGUGGAUAUAAUGCAACAGUCCCGAAUCUCACCAUCAGCAUCAAUAACACAUGCACAGAUAUUAAUGAAUGUCUCAACUCAUCUUUGGUUUGUGGACCAAACACAUAUUGUCACAAUUCCAAUGGAAGCUUCUCGUGCUCGUGUUGGAGUGGAUAUAAUGUCACAAAGAUGAAUGAAUCUGUCAGUAGCAGUAACCCAUGUACUGAUGUGAAUGAAUGUCAGGGGAAUCCAUCUGUUUGUGGUCCAAAUUCCAACUGCACAAAUGUAAAUGGAGGUUACAAUUGUUCAUGUUGGGAUGGNUACACACACGCACACAACCAAUUAUGA